CUCCUCCGGCGGCUUCCGGCGCGGCUUCUAUGAGCGGGUGGCGACGAAGUCAUGGACCGCAACCCUUCGCCGCCGCUGCCGAGUCGGGACCAGGACGAGGAGGAGGGCGCCGGGGGUGACUGCAUAGGAAGCACGGUCUACAGCAAACACUGGCUCUUCGGCGUCCUCAGCGGGCUCAUCCAGAUUGUUAGCCCUGAAAAUACCAAAUCCAGCUCAGAUGAUGAGCAGCAGAUGGAGCUUGAUGAAGAAAUGGAGAAUGAAAUUUGCAGAGUAUGGGAUAUGUCAAUGGACGAGGAUGUGGCUCUAUUUCUCCAAGAAUUCAAUGCUCCUGACAUAUUUAUGGGAGUAUUGGCCAAAUCCAAAUGUCCUCGGUUAAGAGAAAUCUGUGUGGGAAUUUUAGGUAAUAUGGCCUGUUUCCAGGAGAUAUGUGUGUCCAUCAGCAGUGAUAAAAAUCUUGGACAGGUGUUAUUGCACUGUUUGUAUGAUUCAGACCCUCCUACUCUUCUGGAAACAAGCCGGUUGUUGCUUACUUGUCUUUCCCAGACAGAAGUAGCCAGUGUCUGGGUUGAAAGAAUCUGGGAAUAUCCAGCUAUUUAUGAUAGCAUUUGUUUCAUUAUGUCAAGUUCAACAAAUGUUGACUUGCUGGUCAAGGUGGGGGAGGUUGUGGACAAGCUUUUUGAUUUGGAUGAGAAGCUAAUGUUGGAAUGGAUUAGAAAUGGGGCUGUUCAGCCUCUGGACCCACCCCAGGAAGAUUCUGAAGAGCAGCCAGUGUUUAAGAUUGUGCCCUGUGUACUUGAAGCUUCAAAACAAGUACGUUCUGAAAAUCCAGAAGGGCUUGAUGUUUACAUGCAUAUCUUACAGCUGCUUACCACAGUGGACGAUGGAAUUCAAGCAAUUGUACAGUGUCCUGAUACUGGAAAAGACACUUGGAAUUUACUUUUUGACCUGGUCUGCCAUGAAUUUUGCCAGUCUGAUGAUCCACCCAUCAUACUUCAAGAACAGAAAACAGUGCUGGCUUCUGUUUAUUCAGUGUUGUCUGCCAUCUAUGCAUCACAGACUGAACAGGAGUAUCUAAAGAUAGAAGAAGAUCUUCCUCUAAUUGACAGCCUGAUUCGUGUCUUACAAAACAUGGAACAUUGUCAGAAGAAACCAGAGAACUCGGCAGAUUCUAACAUGGAAGAAACGAAAAAGUCUGACUUAACCCAAGAUGAUUUCCACUUGAAAAUCUUAAAGGAUAUUUCAUGUGAAUUUCUUUCUAAUAUUUUUCAGGUUUUAACAAAGGAGACUGUGGCUCAGGGACUAAAGGAGGGCCAGUUAAGCAAACAGAAGUGUUCCUGUGCAUUUCAAAACCUUCUUCCUUUUUAUAGUCCGGUGAUAGAAGACUUUCUCAAAAUUCUACGUGAAGUUGAUAAAACUCUUGCUGAUGACCUGGAGGAAAACUUCCCAAGUUUGAAGGCUCAGACUUAAAACACUGAAUUGGAGUUUCCUCUGCCCAAUAAAUGAACUUUACUUUCUGCACUGACAGUUGAAAUUGACAUAUAGGAGAUGUUAGGUAAAGCUUAUUGGACCCUCAUUGUCUGGCAUUACACCCAUAUAUACCUUCUCCUUGCCCCAGUCUUCUCUCACUUUCAUUUGGCAUUGGAAUCUGGAGUUUCCUCUGCUGUCAAAUCCACCCCUCCGACACACACACUUUUUUUUGUAUGGUUUUGUGUUAGUUGUCCUCUUUAGGUAAAGAAAACAAAAAUACAAGCUUAUUAUUGAAGUUCUUUCUAGGUUGAGGACUUGGUAAGGAUUUUCUUCAUACCUCUUAAUUUGAUUUUUACAUGAGAAUUUUGUAUUUGUCUCUACUGCAAGUACAUUCAGCUGCACUAGUAGAAAAUCCUACUCCAGGAGCUUAAUCCGAUAGCUUUUAUGUAUCUAAUGCAAUAAGAAAUCCAGGGGUGGGCAGUCUAGACCUGAUUUGUUGACUCAGGGUUCCUGAUUCCUUUUACCUCUCCAUGUGGUCUGCGUGUAGACCUUUGGGUUCAUGUUUAUUGUCUUGUGGUUAAGGGGGCUAUAACAUCUCUGGACCUUCCAUCCCCAUUCAGACAGGAAAAAGGAGAAAGAGGUAAAGGGGCUUUGUCCUUGGAAGUCUUUUACCUUCAUAUUUGUAAAGGACAGCCCUCAUUGCCCAGACCUGUGCUGAUGGCCAUCUCUAACUGCAGCUAUUUGAAAUCAAGUCUUUUUUUUUUUCUUUCUAGGGUCUAUAAGAGAGAAAGGCACAAAGAGAAGGGAGUUGUGAAAGGCUUUUUGUUAGUCAAUCUGUUUGCUACAGUAUGAAAGCACAUCUUGGCCUUUUGUGAUUAUUGUGUCGAUUGUAUGCCAGAUUGUCAGUAACAUCUCAAAAGCAGUUUUUAGUUUAGCUUUGUUACAGUUUAAUUUUUUUUCCACCAUUGUAAGUAUGAAGAUAUGAAGAUAGAAAUGUAACAUUUUGAUGAAAGCACAUUAGCAAAUUCUCUGUUUUCAGCAUAAUUCCAGUGGUUGAACUUCAGAAAAUGAUUUGCUUGAGUGAAUUCAGAUUUUUUAAAAUUAAGAUGGAGGGAGUUUAAGAACUUCAGACUCUAUGCAAACUGCUAUAUGUGAUUUCCCUCACAUACACUUUUAUCCUUCUGUAUAGUGCUUCAGAAUAAGAUCUGUGCAGAGAGUCAGCCAGGUAUUCUUAGGGAAGCAGUUUGCAUUAUUUAAUUACUAAAAGUAGAGUUUUUAACAGAUUUUAAGAAAAUAGCAGUUAUGAAUAACAAAGCUAGCUUUUUACCAGUCUUCAAGUAGUCUUCUGGAUUAUUUAUGCUGAUGUGACUGUUAAUCUACUUUUAUUUGUGGAAUGAAGUGAGCUUCGGAUCCUCUUACUCUGCUAUCUUUCCAGCCUCCUCUUUGCUUAAAAAGCAAAGCCAGCUUCUUUUUUUUUUUUUUAAAGAUUUUUUAUUUAUUUAUUUGACAGAGAAAGACACAGCGAGAGAGGGAAUACAAGCAGGGUGAAUGGGAGAGGGAGAGGCAGGCUUCCCGCGGAACAGGGAGCCCGAUGCGGGACUCGAUCCCAGGAUCCCGGGAUCAUGACCUGAGCCGAAGGCAGACGGCAAAGCCAGCUUCUUAAACCCCUCUUCUGGUAUACAGCCCCUUCUCAAUUUGUUGCAGAAUGUUUCUAGCUAUAAAGCAUUGGUCUUGUCUCACAUUCUGUAUUUUUUCCUUAAGUGACUUUUGCUGAUACAACACAGGAUGUAGCAUUACUGAGAAGAGAUAUACAAUUUCCAGUUUGGAGGUAGUUUUAUUGUUGAAAAUAUUCCUGAAUUGAACUAUAAAGUUAAAAUCUUACUGUUAACUCUGAUUAGUAGGUUUACGCUGUAUGUUUUCAUGUCUUCCAUGCUGACUGUAUCCUAGGCUGAAUGUGACUGUAUUUAACAUGAGAUCUCAAAGGCACUGAUAAAGUCACUUCUGCCUGUGUAAGCAAACUAAUGUGAGUUCGCUCCUUGGUGAAUUACAGAUAGAGACUACACCAGGUGGAGCUGUCACACAAAGUAAUCUUUCUUUGCAGCAGAUAAGGAGAUCAUGGAGAAUAACUUCCAAAGCUGUGAUCCCUGAGCAGGGGUAAGGGAGCUCUUUUUAUUUAGGAUUUGAGAGAAUAUUCAAAAGGAGACCUUUAUCAUUGCAAGCACAGGCGGGUAUAAGGUAACACAUACAUACUUAGAAAUUAUGCGUAUACAUGCAUCGUGUGUUACGUGAGGAAGCUGUGGUCCUUCUGGAGCAGAGAUCUUAACAGUAUGAUGAGGCGGAGGUGACUGCUGGACACUUUAUGGCCCAUCUGCACAGGUGUCGGCCUGGUGGUUGAGCCCAAACUGGCUGGCCGGAGCUCAUCCCUCUUCUGUUGUUAGUUUCUAAAAGAUAAAGCUACCAGUUCCUGUAGGGUGAGCUCAGUGGAUCCGCCAGUGACACCUGCUAGCCAGUGCUAAGAAUUCCAUUUUAUCUCUUGAAGUCUAGGGUGAAAGGUACAAAUAACCCUGUAAGAGUAAUACUCCCGAGUUAUUAGUCAUGUCUACUUCAGUGCAUAUGAGUUUCACAUUUUGUUUUAGAAGGAGCACAUUUUAAAAGGGAAGCCAAAGGCCCCUGGGUGUCUGAGGGAAAGAGUGCUACUCAAAGUGGGUAAGUCACCAAGGGAGAAAAAGGAUAUACCUGGGAAGGCUAGGGAUGUCCAGGUUAUUUUCUGUUUCCCAUUUCUGCCUUGGACCUGCCCUGUUGCUUGUUACUAAUUGCUCUUGUAACAUCAUGAGGUAGUGUAUAUUUUCAUAUUUUGAUAUGUUUGAAAACUUCCUAGAUCUAUAAAUUAUAAUAGUUUUUUAAAGAAAUAAGAUAUGAGCAAUGCUAAAUCUUUUUUAAUGCUAUACAGUCUGAUGAAACACCCCCAAAUUUUAGGGCUUGCAUCAAUUACAGUGAUAUUUUGGAAUGGUGCUUUCUCCAGGAGCCUAAAUAUGAAAUUUGGAAUUAUAUGUACAAAUGAAAUUCAAACUUUUCCUCUCCUUUGUUUCAGAGGAGGGGAAACGUACAAAAUGAAUUUGGGUUAACAUUUGUUAAAUGUGUUGUUCUAUUUCUAAUUAAAUUUGAGUUUGAUUUUUGAAGUAUCUAAACCACUUAAGACCGAACACAUAAGACAUAUUCUCCUUCUAACCCUCCCCCUGUGGUCUGCAUGGAGGUACAGAUAGAAGAAGUCAUGCCACCUGUAGCAGAUUUGAUCAUUGUUCUCAAGUCUUCACCUCUGUGUACCCAUUCUCAUGCCAUGGCUUCUCAGUGGGUAGAGUAUACUUCUCUAUUCCUUGACUUUGAGCUUGGCCAAGUCACUUUGCUUUGGCCAAUAGAAUGUUGUUUUUCUUUUUUCACUUGUUUAAAUAUAUAUUUAAUUACAGAUUAAAUAUAUAAUUAUUUAUGCUAAAUAAUACUUAAGAAAAGGAAGAGGAUUGAUAUACGUCUCUAUAUCUAUAUAUCUACAGAUAUAUAUGUAGAUACAGAAAAAAACCCGACCCCAAACAUAAGUCAGUUAAAAGCAAUUUGAAUUUUUCAUUCUUCACUCAUUUUGGUUAAUGAAGGUUUUACUUUAAUGUACAUGAGUGUGCAUGUGUGUGUGUGUGUGUGUCUGUGUCUGUGAUGUUUCGAUAUAGUACUCUGUUAAGGGUCUACACCUAUGCUGUUACCAAGUGCAGUAUCUUCUAGACACAUGGCUACUGAACAUUUGAAAUGUGACUAGUCCAAAUUGAGAUAAAUGUAAAAUACAUAUUGGACUUUAGGAAAAGUAAUAAGAAAAAAUUAAUAUAAUAUUUUUCAUCAAUGUUUUAUAUGGAUUACAUGUUAGAUGAUAAUAUUUUGGAUAUAUUCAGUUAAAUACAUUAUUAAAUUUAAUUAGAUCUUUUCUUUCUACCUUUUUUUUUUUAAAUAUUGUUGUUGUUUUUUUAAUUUUUUUAUUCUUAUAUUAUCCCCAUACAUUGCAUCAUUAGUUUUUGAUGUUAGUGUCCCAUGAUUCAUUGUUUGUGCAUAACACCCAGUGCUCCAUGCAGAACGUGCCCUCCUCAAUACCAUUCACCUGGCUAACCCAUCCUCCCACCCCCCUCCCCUCUAGAACCCUCAGUUUGUUUUUCAGAGUCCAUCGUCUCUCAUAGUUCAUCUACCCCUCUGAUUUCCCCCCUUCAUUCUUCCCCUCCUGCUACCUUCUUCUUCUUCUUCUUUUUUUUUUUCUUAACAUAUAUUGCAUUAUUUGUUUCAGAGGUACAGAUCUGAGAUUCAACAGUCUUGCACAAUUCACAGCGCUUACCAGAGCACAUACCCUCCCCAGUGUCUAUCUCUUUCUACCUUUUUAAAAUGUGACUGCUAGAAAAUUUAAAUUAAAGGGAUUUAAACUUUUUUUAAAAUUUUUUUUAAGUUUUUUUCUGAAUUACUUGUUUUUGCUUUUUUAUUUGCUGACAGAUUUUUUUUAUUAGCACUAGUAAUAUAUGAACACCCUUUUAAUAUUUUAAAAUCCUAACAAUACAGGAAAGACCAAAGUCCUUUUUCUCUACCCUCUCUAAAAUUCCUAGCCCCUCUUUAUGUAUUUACAUAAUGGCCAAUAGAAUGUUAAUGGAGCUGAUGUAAGCAGAGUACUUGAAUGUACCAUUCUUUCUUAAGGCUUAAUAAUAUUCCUUUGUAUGUAUAUACCUCCUUUUCUUCAUCUGUUUGUCGGUGGACAUUUAGGUUUGACCCCUGUCUUGGCUUUGUGAAUAAUGCUUCCAUGAACAUGGGAGUGCAGUCUCUUUGAGAUCCUGAUUUCAGUUCCUUUGGAUAUAUACUCAGAAGUAAGACUGGAUCAAUGGUAGUUUUAUUUUUAUUUUUAUCUUUUUUUAAGAUUUAUUUAUUUUAGAGAGCGUGCACACUAGUGGGAGGGGCAGAGGGAAAGGGAAAGAGAAUCCUGAUGCAAGGUUCAAUCUCACGACCCUGAGAUCACUAUCAGCCUAAACCCAAGCGUUGGACGCUUAACUGUGCCACCCAGGCACCCCUAUUUUUUUUUUUUUUUUGGAGAAACUCUGUAAUAUUUCCAUAGUGGCUGCACCAGUUUACAUUCACAGUAACUGUACACAAGUGUUUCCUUUUCUACAUAUCUUCAUCAAUACUUGUUAUCUUUGUUUUAAUAAUAGCCAUCCUAUAACUGGUAUGAAGUGAAGUGAUACCUCAUUUUGGUUUUGAUUUGCAUUUCCCUGGCGAUUAGUGAUGUUGAGCACCUUUUUAUAUACCCGUGGGCAUUUGUAUGUCUUUGGAGAAAUGUCUAUUCAGUUCCUUGCCUAAAUUUUUAUUCAAGUUAUUUGGGUUUUUUGCUAUUGAGUUGAAGUUCCCUAUAUAUUUGGAUAUUAACUCUUUACCAGAUACAUGGUUUGGAAAUAUUUUCUUACAUCCCGUAGGUUGCCUUUUCGUGUUGUUGUUUCCUUUGUUAUGCAGAAGCUUUUAGUUUGCUGUAGUCCCACUUACCUAGUUUUGCUUCUGUUGCCUGUGUUCUUGGUGUCUUUUCAAGAAGUGAUCUUUAAGACCAAUGUCAAGAGGCUUUUCCCCUGUUUUCUUUGUGGAGUUUUACCAUUUCGGGUCUUAUGUUUACAUUUUUAUCCAUUUUGAGUUAAUUUUUAUGUAUAGUGUAAGAUAAAGGUCCAAUUUCCUGCCUUUUUGUGAUCCGGUUUUCCCCAACACAAUUUAUUGAAGAGACUGUCCUUUCCCCAUGGUGUAUUCUUGGCAUCACUGUUGACAUCAGUUGACUGUGUAUGUGUGGGUAUAUUUCUGGGCUCUCUGUUCGGUUCCAUUGGUCUAUGUGUCUGUUUUAAAACAAUUCCAUUUUUAAUAGCAUCAAAAAAAUAAAACAUUUAGGAAUAAGCUUAA